AUGGUUUCUCUACUCGUCAGUACUCUGACUCUCGCGAUCGCCGUUGCCGCUCAGGAGUCAUCCUUCGUUACAAAUUACGUCUCAGAACCAAACCUUCACGGUCUUCUUGGGACGGUUGAGAUUGGCGGGUACGAUGGCGACGACGGGCUGUAUCUCACCACGCCCGUCGGCCAAGACUCGCCGACUCCUGGCUCGAUGAUCUACGACCGCAACGGCUCACUCGUGUGGAUCGGUGGACCUCUGAACGGCACGGCCGAUCUUCAACUUCAAGAGUACGCCGGGAAGCCCGUCUUGACCUUCUGGUUCGGUAGUGCAGUCGAUGGGCAUGGCGCUGGCACGUGCUUCGUUCUGGAUGAGACUUACAGCAACAUUGCGGAGAUAAACUCUGUCGGAGGUCAAGGGGCGGAUUUACAUGAAUGCAACUUCCCCAAGGAUACAAAUACGAGCGCGAUGAUCACUGUCUACAACAAUAUCUCGCCGUUCGACCUGACAUCUGUCGGUGGCCCUAAGGAUGGUACACUGAUCGAUGUAUGGGUUCAAGAAAUCGAGAUCGCUACUGGCGCUGUACUCUUCAACUGGAGUAUGUUUGACCAUGUGUCGCCGUUUGACUCGUAUGCAAUCGCUGGGCAGGGCGUCUCAGCAGAUCUCUGGGACGCAUAUCACAUGAACUCCAUAGAUAAAGGAGCAGACGGAAGCUACUUGAUAUCUGUCCGGCAUCUAUCGACUCUCUUCAAGAUCAACAGCAAUGGAUCCAUAGCCUGGAGGAUGGGUGGUAAGCACAGCAACUUCACCAUCGGUGACGGGGCUGAGUUCAGCUGGCAACAUCACGCGCGCUUUGAUCCCGAAGAUAACAACCACAUCUCUCUGUUCGACGACACCGCUACCGAUUUCAAUCUGACCACGGCGUCAGACGCACACAGUUUGUACAUCUCGUACGAUACCUCUGCCUGGACGACCACUGCCCUCGCAACAUACUUCUCGGCGCCUUUCAAGAACUAUACUACCAGUCAAGGCUCUUCCCAGCGUUUUGCUGACGGCUCGGGUGUUGUUGGGUGGGGCUCCAACCCAUGGGUUACAGAGCAUAACUCCGAGGGCGACGUCACCUUCUCGCUUUCUCUAGGCGACGGCAGUCUCUCAAAUGGUCCUGUGGCGAGCUAUCGGUCAUUCAAGGUACCCGCCGGAGGAUGGGUGGGUAACCCAACCGUGCCACCUUCCAUCGCUUUGCAGAACGGUACGGUGUACUUCUCGUGGAACGGCAAAACCGCCGUUCGCUCCUGGGAUGUCAUUGGCGACGACAACAAGCUCAUCAAGGCGGUCGAUCGUGCAGACUUUGAAACCAGCCUAAGCAUCGUGUCUGCCAACGUCACUGUUGUCGCAGCUGUAGCCAAGGACGCGAGCGGACAAGCAUUGGGCAAGAGUGCCACGCUGUCUGUCAAAGACGGCGAAGUGGUUUCUACCGGCGAGAUCUACUGA